GCGCCCGCCCGCCCGUUCCCAUCCCCGGGGCUGCGCCAGCCUUCCCCACCAGGCUCUGCUCGCUCCCACCGCCCGCUGUUUGGCCAUUCGGCUUUUGUCUCCUCUGGACGCCUCCUCCCCUGCCCUUGUGUGCUGGCACACAAAUGCUGUCCUUGCUCCAGCUUUCCCUGCACCCAGAGCUAGGAGAGCUCCGGGGAGGCUGGGCCUGUGGGAUUGCUGUACAGAUCGACCAUGGCCUCUGACACGGAGAACUGCGGACCAGCUGAGGCUUUGAUGUUGCUGCCCAGGGCUUGACAGGACACUGGGGACACAGGAGUGGGGACACGCUGCCGCCGUUCCCAGUGACCUGACUGCAGAGGAGCGUCGAGAACUGGAGAACAUCCGGCGGAGGAAGCAGGAGCUGCUGGCUGACAUUCAGAGGCUAAAGGAAGAGAUCGCAGAAGUCGCUAAUGAAAUUGAAAGCCUGGGAUCCACAGAGGAAAGGAAAAACAUGCAGAGAAACAAACAGGUAGCCAUGGGCAGGAAGAAAUUUAACAUGGAUCCUAAGAAGGGGAUCCAGUUCUUAAUAGAGAAUGACCUGCUGAAGAACACGUGUGACGACAUCGCGCAGUUCUUGUACAAAGGGGAGGGGCUCAACAAAACAGCCAUUGGUGACUACCUUGGGGAGAGAGAUGAGUUCAGCAUCCAGGUCCUGCAUGCGUUUGUCGAGCUGCACGAGUUCACCGACCUGAACCUCGUCCAAGCCUUGCGGCAGUUCCUAUGGAGCUUCAGGCUCCCUGGAGAGGCCCAGAAGAUUGACCGGAUGAUGGAGGCCUUUGCCCAGCGGUACUGUCAGUGCAAUAACGGGGUAUUCCAGUCCACAGACACUUGCUACGUCCUCUCCUUUGCAAUCAUAAUGCUGAACACCAGCCUACACAACCCUAAUGUCAAAGACAAGCCUACGGUGGAGCGAUUCAUCGCCAUGAACCGAGGCAUCAAUGACGGAGGAGACCUGCCUGAGGAGCUGCUCCGGAAUCUCUAUGAAAGCAUAAAAAACGAGCCCUUUAAAAUCCCAGAAGACGAUGGGAAUGACCUCACUCACACUUUCUUCAAUCCAGACCGAGAAGGUUGGCUGCUGAAACUCGGAGGUGGCAGGGUAAAGACCUGGAAGAGGCGCUGGUUCAUUCUGACUGACAACUGCCUUUACUACUUUGAAUACACAACGGAUAAAGAGCCCCGUGGGAUCAUCCCGCUAGAGAAUCUGAGCAUCCGAGAGGUAGAGGACUCUAAGAAGCCGAACUGUUUUGAGCUUUAUAUCCCUGACAAUAAAGACCAAGUGAUUAAGGCGUGCAAGACGGAGGCGGACGGGCGCGUGGUGGAAGGGAACCACACUGUGUACCGCAUCUCAGCGCCCAGUCCUGAGGAGAAGGAGGAGUGGAUCAAGUGCAUAAAAGCUGCCAUUAGCAGAGACCCUUUCUACGAGAUGCUCGCAGCACGGAAAAAGAAGGUCUCCUCCACAAAGAGACACUGAGGGUGCACCAGGGCACGGCCAGCCCAGGAAGCUGUGG